UUAAACGUUUAAUAAAUUAAUUUAUUAUUUCUUUUUUCCUCCUCUUCUUCUUCUUCUUCAUCAAUUUGUUUUUCCUUUCUUCCAUGGCUUCCUAAGCUUUCCUCUCUCUCUCUCUACACCUGCAAUUUUCCAUUGAUUUAUUUUCUCUCUCUUUUUAAUUCUAGUUUCUCUUAAUCUCCUUGUCUUCAGAAAAGAAACGACAUUGGUGAAUCGUCCUGUAAUUUCAUUCAUCAGAUCGUAAUAUAAUUUUGAACUUAUCCCCGCAUCAAUGAUAAGUUUGUUGUUUACCUGAGUUAAUCUUCCUUCCUUUGGAUGAAGAAGGUUGGUGAUUGCUGCAGCUUGUAAAAAAAAGCUGCUUCUUUUGAACUAUGUUUCUAACUUUUACAACAACUAAUCACUCCAAACAUGAGAAGCUGUUGGUUCCUCUUUACUUCAUGCUACAGUCAACAAGAAUCAACCAGUUUAUGCAAACCAGUCUUAAAACUAUAGACACAACAACACACCUAUCAAAGGUGGAGUUUAUCAUCAGAGAUCUAUUGACCAUUCUUUUAUAAUAAUGGAAAGAUAUAAGUUUCUGGAAGAGCUUGGAGAUGGUACAUGUGGCAGUGUAUAUAAGGCUGUCAAUCUUGAAACAUAUGAAGUUGUUGCUGUUAAGAAGAUGAAGAGAAAGUUUUAUUAUUGGGAAGAGUGCAUGAAUCUGCGAGAAGUAAAGGCUCUUCGCAAGCUAAACCAUCCUCAUAUCAUAAAGUUGAAGGAGAUUGCGAGGGAACAUAACGAGCUUUUCUUCAUCUUUGAGUGCAUGGAUCACAAUCUAUACCAAAUAAUGAAAGAAAGGGAACAAAGACCUUUCUCUGAGGGAGAGAUAAGAAGUUUCAUGUCUCAGAUGCUUCAAGGCCUCUCCCACAUGCAUAAAAAUGGUUACUUCCAUAGAGACCUGAAACCAGAGAAUUUGCUGGUGACAAACAACAUCCUGAAAAUUGCUGACUUUGGACUGGCUAGAGAAGUUGCAUCUAUGCCUCCUUACACUGAAUAUGUGUCUACUCGUUGGUAUCGAGCUCCAGAAGUUUUGCUACAGUCUUCCUCAUACACUCCUGCAGUUGACAUGUGGGCAGUGGGGGCAAUAUUAGCUGAGCUUUUCGCCUUUUCUCCCUUAUUUCCUGGUGAAAGUGAGAUAGAUCAAUUAUACAAGAUUUGCUCUGUUCUUGGCAAGCCUGACUGGACUACGUUUCCUGAAGCGAAAAGCAUAUCUCGGAUCAUGAGCAUUAGCCACACAGAGUUUCCUCAAACAAGGAUUGCUGAUCUACUCCCCAAUGCUUCUCCUGAAGCUAUUGAUUUGAUCACUAGACUUUGCUCAUGGGAUCCAUUGAAACGACCAACUGCUGAUGAGGCGCUAAACCAUCCCUUCUUCAAUAUGGCUACGCAGGCUUCUUAUCCUCUACAUGACCUUGAGUUGAGGCUUAACACCAUGGCAGCGGAGAUGCCUAACCUUGAGCUUAACCUCUGGGACUUCAACACAAAACAAGAUGAAUGUUUUCUCGGCUUGACCCUGGCUGUAAAACCAAGUGCUCCUAAACUAGAAAUGGUCUGCAAUGCAUCUCAGGACAUGAGUGAGAACUUUCUCUUUUGCCCUAUGGUUAACAAUGAUCGUGAACCAUCAGUUUUCUGGUCUCUGCUCUCUCCUGAUGAAAACCGCGUCCACGCACCUGUUGAAUCAUCAUGUCCUCUAUCUCUGUCCUUCAGUCCAGUGCAGCAACACACAAGCGUGGGACCUCCACAACAGUCAACAACAGGGUUCACCAUGGGAUCAUCAAUGCAACCGAACAUGUUGGACCGCCCAUGGAUGGCUGUGUCUGCGCCGUUUCAACAAACUCAUUACCUCUGAUCUUACUUAAUCCAUAAUACCUACUAAGAAAAAGUAAAUAACACAGAGGUUUGUCAGUUAAAAGAAGAUAGAGAAGAAAAAAACAAACACAGAGGAGGUUGUAGAUUUUGCCUGUCACCUUAUUAUUCUCUGAUUUGUAAAGAUUGGGGUGUUUUAGGUGACUUUAAUUUUCUCCCAGAGCUUGAACUUAAAUCAUUAACUAUUUUAUCCAUUCUUGAGAACAGACAAGUAUCCCUUUUGUGUAAUAUAUAUAUAUAUAUUAUAAAUGAGAUAAUUGCUUAUGUUGUCUU